AGACGGUAAAGAGGAAUUGAAGGAGCUCUUUUUGAAAGGAAAAAACCUCUAUACAUUAAUAUAUACAUCUAUCCCCUUUCCGCAUCCUACGUCUCUGCUUUCGUUUUCAUACCAUCACGCCAAGAUGCCUUCCCAGUCACCGCACGCGUCAGCUGACGCGCACAACGCCCUCGAUGACGCCAUCAUGCUGACGGACGACGAAUACGGCAACACCGACGAUCCGUGCGGCAUGGAGCGGGCGGAGCCACCCGCAGCAACAGCGCCGGCGGCGAACGAUCGGUGGACGAAGGAAACGCCGCACGAGGGGGCGCGACGCCUCUUCCGGGCCUGCCCGUGGACGCGCAGCAUUCCGGUGCUGGGCAACACCAUCGCCGCUUUUGGGCCGAAGCUGACCGCCUCUGUCGGCGCCUUCUAUUUCAUGAACAACGGCCUGGCCGAGAACAUCAUCUCCGCCUCGAAGCAGCCCAUGAUGAUGAAGCGCUACACGAUCGACGGCACCCGCUACCAGCGCCUCGCCGGCGUGGUGACGAUGGGGUCGUCCAUUAAGGUGUUGAUGGCUACCAUCUCCGACACCUUCGCCAUCUUCGGCUACCGCAAGCGGUGGUACCAACUCGGGUCCUGCGUGGUGGGCUUUUGCUUCUGUCUCGGCUACGCCCUCCUGCCCGCCAAACCGGCGUCGGCAGACACGGCCGCCGCCUUCAUCUUCCUCUGCACUUUCUGCCGCAUGAACUCGGACAUCUUGACCCAGGGCCACUACAGCCGUUUGAUCCGCCGUGCGCCGAAGGCAGGGCCGCAGCUGGUGACGUGGAUCUACUGGAUGAUCCUCAUCGCCACUCUCAUCGCCGCCGUUCUCAUGGGACCGCUGGCGGAUCAGAACAAGACGGUGAACGGCAUCUUCGUCUCCGCGGUGAUGCACCUGCUGCCGGGUAUUAUUUUUCUUUUCAACGGCUACAGUGAGAAGACGAACCAGGAGGAGCGUGUCGAGGACGCACGGCGACUGCGCGAGGACCUGCGCGUGGCGCGCCUCCAACCCGUCGGUGCGCCGGACACCUCCUCCGAUGUGAGCGGGGAGGACGUGCGGAUGGGGAUCCCGCAGGAGACAACGGAGCAGCUGAUUUACGACGACGAGGACGAGCACCGCAAGAGCAAGAACAGCCACCACCACGACCAACACGACGACAACGAUUUAUUGGUGGCGAAGGACAAGCUAGGCAGGGAAGCGGUGACGCCGACGAAGACGCACACGGUGGCCACGCUGGACGGCAACGAGGCAACGACAGCGGAGGAGUGGGAUGAUGUGGAGUACGUGCAGCGCGACUGUCGCACCUACUGCGGCGGCCGCCUCGAGGUCAACCGCGAGAUGGUGCUGCGCAACUGGAAGAUCGUGUGCUACAGCGCGCUAAUGAUUUGCUGUGUUGGGACGAUGGCCUGCAUGACGAUCCUCGGCACGACGUGGGAUCUGCUGUACGCCUGCAUCGUCGUCGCGGUGGUGUGCAUCGGUGGCGCAUUUAUUUGCCUGCCGCGUGUGAUUGCCAAAACGGAGGUGGCGGUGUUCUUGGACUUCGUCCUCUACAUUCAGCUCCCCGGUGCGCUGGACAGCUUCUACGUGGCGGACGAGGCGUGCGUGCCGGGCGGCCCCCACUUCCCCUACAGCUUCUACACCACCGUCGGUGCGGUCAUUCAGAACGUGGCGGGCCUGGUCGGCGUGACGAUGUUCGCUUACGUCUUCUCCAAGCACAGCUUCCAGAUGGUGAUGAUCACCACCGUCAUUAUGCGCAUGGUCGCCUCCAUCUUUGACUUGAUGGUCGUCGAGCGCUGGAACCUGCACAUCGGCAUCCCGGACCACGCCAUGUACAUCUGCGGGGACUCCAUCGUGUACCAGAUCUGUUACCAGCUGAACUAUAUGCCGCUGGUGUUGGUGCUGUCGCGUGUGGUGCCGCCCGGGUCGGAGAGCAUGGUGUACGCGCUCAUGUCCAGCAUCGGCAACCUGGGCAUGACGAUGUCGAACACGAUCGGGUCGCUGCUGAUGGAGCUGGCGUGGCCCAUCGACACGACGACAACACCGUGUGACUUCAGCAACGUGCCGUGGCUCAUCAUCACAGGCCACCUCGCCGUUCCCGUGCUGAUCAUUCCCGUCUCGUACCUCUUCCUGCCGCGUGCGCGCAUGUGCGACGACAUCGACAUGAACGGCCACGUUGUGCGGAAGCACCUUGAGAAGGAGCGUGCGCAGAAGGAUCUGGGGGCAGGUCGACCGGCGACCGCGUCGGAGCCGCUGCACGAGCAGACGAACGCUUAG